AUGGAUAGACCAGAGACUGAACCGGAGCAUGAACAGAUUGUUGAGGUGGUGAUGCUGCUUGCCAAGCUUGAAGCAAGGGAGUUUGAUAUGUUGGAAGCAGAUGGUUGUAUUGUUGUUGAAAGGGGAAGCAACUUUCAUCAAAAACAACAUGUCUCGAGAUGUGUUGGAGAACCUGAGAAUUUGCAUGUCCAAGCCGAUGGUGCCAAGUAUCUUCAGAGGCUGUACAUUGUCGAUUUGAAAAGAGUGCCACAAAUUCUUGAUUCUCCAAAGUGUAUAACCCUCUAUUUCGUGGACCCUUUGCUACCACCUUCUGAGUUGAUUGGACGUUCACCAACAAUCAAGCAAAGGCUUGAAAUUGCAAACGAGGCGGUUGUGGAAAUGGCAUUGGAAGCCAAUUUAGGUUGCAUCAAGCAAUGGGGAAGGCCAGUGGAAGACAUCACUCACAUUGUCUACGUCUCCUCGAGCGAGAUCCGAUUACCUGGUGGGGACCUAUACCUCUCAGCGAAGCUAGGCCUGAGGAAUGACGUGAACAGAGUGAUGCUCUAUUUUCUGGGAUGCUACGGAGGUGUGACUGGCCUCUGCAUGGCCAAAGACAUUGCUGAGAACAACCCGGGAAGCCGUGUUCUGCUCACAACCUCUGAAACCACCAUUCUCGGGUUUCGCCCACCAAACAAAGCUCGUUCGUACGAUCUAGUUGGAGCUGCUCUGUUUGGAGAUGGUGCAGCUGCUGUGAUCAUCGGAGCUAACCCGAAAGAGUGUGAAGCUCCUUUCAUGGAGCUGCACUAUGCUGUUCAGCAGUUCUUGCCAGGGACACAGAACGUGAUCGACGGGAGGUUGUCAGAGGAAGGCAUAAAUUUCAAGCUAGGACGAGACCUCCCGCAGAAGAUAGAGGAGAACAUAGAGGAGUUCUGCAAGAAGCUGAUGGGAAAGGCUGGUGAUGAGUCGAUGGAGUUCAAUGACAUGUUCUGGGCUGUUCAUCCAGGGGGACCUGCGAUUCUGAACAACGUGAGCAGCAACACGAUACUGUAUGUGAUGGAGUAUAUGAGAGAUGAGCUGAAGAAGAAAGGCGAGGCCGCACAAGAGUGGGGACUUGGCUUAGCAUUCGGACCUGGAAUCACCUUCGAAGGCCUUCUCAUCCGCAGCCUCACCUCUCCCUGA